AUGCAAUUCUCUACUGCCAUCAUUGCCCUUGCUAUGGGACAACUUUUCCAACUUGGAGGCGUAGCUGCUCUGCCCACCGAGAUUGGAGUCGAUGUCUCUGUUCCAAAGGUCGCUGCCGAUGUGGCUGCCAAGGUCCAUACCAUCGAAAAGCGUCGUGAUCACACCGCCUGUGCCUGCCAGACCAGUUCCGGAGGUGAAAUUGACGCCGCAGCUACGGCCAGGGUUGCGGGCUUCAACACGAACAGAUGGGUUCUCGAUAUCUUUGAGACUCAGCGCUUCCAGGGUGGUGCCAAGUUCACUGGCUACUACGUUCGUGGCAAGAACGGCGCGGGGGUGUCUGGAGAUGGCUUCUACAACGAAUGCCGUCAAAACGGUGCUGCUGACUCUACUUGCUUCUAA